AUGUAACCAUUAUUUGUGUUUUUUCCCAUCCCCCCCUCCUUCCUCCACCUCCUCCUCCACCGCCGCCACCACGUAUACCGGCGCCCCUCCGUCCUGUAUCAGUCUCCCAACUCUAAGCUUGUUCUGCGGUCAUGGGGUGCGUCAUGUCAUUUUUGCCUUGGCUGCUGAGGGGCUUGACCGUGCUGUGAAGCGGAUACCGGGGUGGAUUUAUGGUCCGCAAAGCCAAAACAACCAGCCAAGGGAAAUUAGUGGAAGUUUGAGCUCCGGGAGGAUGCAGGUGACGUGUUGGUGUGCCGUGUUCCUCCUGACGCCUGCACUUUACCUGGUUACAAGUGCCCAUGCCUCGAAGUCGGACAUCGUCAAGUCAGGAAGCCCUAAAUCCAUGCUAAAGCAUAUAUGGACAGAAAGCAGUAAGGAUAUGUCCAUCAGUAGGCUGCUGUCACAGACUCUACAUGGCAAGGAGAAUAGCACAGCAUUGGACCUUCGCUAUGAUACUCCAGAGCCCUACUCUGAGCAGGACCUGUGGGACUGGUUGAGGAACUCCACGGACCUGCAGGACUCCCGGCCUCGGGCUAAACGGCGGCCCAUGGUCAAGACAGGGAAGUUCAAGAAAAUGUUCGGCUGGGGGGACUUCCACUCCAACAUCAAGACGGUCAAACUCAACCUGCUGAUUACUGGUAAGAUUGUGGAUCAUGGCAAUGGCACUUUCAGUGUCUACUUCCGCCACAACUCCACGGGCCAGGGGAACGUGUCGGUCAGCCUGGUCCCUCCCACCAAGAUAGUGGAGUUCGAUGUGGCGGCACAGCAGUCUGUCAUCGAUGCCAAGGACUCCAAGUCCUUUAACUGCCGUAUAGAGUAUGAGAAGGUAGAGAAGGGAGCAAGGAACACACUCUGCAACUUCGACCCAUCCAAGACCUGCUACCAGGAGCAGACUCAGAGCCAUGUCUCCUGGCUCUGCUCCAAACCCUUCAAAGUCAUCUGCAUCUUCAUUUCCUUCUACAGCACCGACUAUAAACUGGUGCAGAAAGUCUGCCCAGACUACAACUACCAUAGUGACACUCCCUAUUUCCCCUCUGGCUGACGAUCCCAUACACUCAAACAUAGUGGACACAUGAAGCACAGACUGGGGCUUCUACCCAUCCCAGAGAAAUGUGUAUGUUAGCUGUACUGUCCCUAAACAUGUCCAUACCAGAGCAUCAGCCAUCUCAACUGAUUGCCCAACUGUCAAAUUAUGAGUUUUGCAGACACAGCAGUUACUGCUAACUGUUAAAAGAAGAGGGUGCAUAGAAUUGUAAAAUGAAAUGCUUUAAAAAUGACCUGAAAAAAAAUAUGUGGUUAUUAUGAUUAUUAUCAGUUAGGAUUUUGUUCAUGAGUUAUGUUGUUUCCCAGCUGAUUUUCAACUGAGUGAAUCACGUGUAGAUGGCAGGAGCUUAUUGGUCCUUUUGGGGCUGUUAUCAGUAUGUAAACACUGCCCUUAGUUGUUUUUGCUUUGAUGUUUCAUUCAUAUUCCCUCGUCCAACUGUAUGUUAACAGCUUUGUUUUCUUCUUCCAGUAUAUUCCAAGUACAAUGUAUUAACUCUCUGGACAUCUGACAACAACGUAUGGACUGUUUGCCCCUGCUGUGCUAUUUAUUCUUUGCAGUUUGUUCUGCAUAAACAGAAACAAAAUCGACUCCUCCGAAAAAGAUCCCCACACAUUUUUACAGUACCUGUAAGACAGCUGAAGAGGAUGGUGAAAGAGUCUAAUGUGAUCGAUGCUUCAGAACCUUGAGAUGGUCUAACUUUCGUAGGGAUGAGCUGGGAUUGAGCAAUCGUCCCCCUCAUACAUGUUUUACUUGAGAGGGAAAAUGUGUUAACAUGUUCAGAAGCUCCAGCACUGUCGAUUCUAAACUCGCAUCAAAGUGUUGGAUUAUUGUAGACUGAAGAGUUUGGUGGGUGAUUGAUUAAUUGGUUGAGUGAAUGUCUGAUUAGCUGAUUAUUAAUUGGUUGCUUGGGAAGGGGGCUUGCUCAUUGUCACCUAAUAUAUGAAAUGUAAUGUAAUGAAUUCUAUAUCUUAGAGCCUAAUUUGUAUGAAUGGUUUGUAUUGUACAUAGUUUAUCCCAAUUGCGCUGCUUCUGUACAUGACCCAUAAGCUGUGUCUUUCCCCCCUUCCCACUAAGUCCUCUUGUUCACUCCAUUUAUGCUCGUUCUUGGUUCCUCUAACAAAGAAAAUGAUGUUGCUGACCUAGAUGUGAAUUUUAUGAAAACAGCAAUCUUGUACAGAGGCUGUAAAACUGACUAAAUAUAUUAUAAGUAUUCAUCAACUGUAUCACAAAAUUUUCUUUAUGGGGAAGGCGGGGGUGGAGAUGUACAUAUGAAUUAAAAAAACAUACAGUAAAUUUUACCAAUUGAA